GAGAAGCAAGGCCCGCUCCGGGCGAAAAUAUCGUCUGCUGCCGAAGAGUUCGUUCGGCCGUCGGUCCUCCACUCGAACUUCCGGGUGAUGACGAAAGACUAGUCACGUGAUACUCACUCGCGGGCCGCGAUUUCGUCGCUUGCCUCAAUCUCAAACGUGUGUUUCGUUCGACUUUGAGAAGUUCUAUCGCGGAAAAGAACGCUGGAGAUAAGGAAAAUCGUCUGCGAAAACGAUUUUCCCGUGUGGACAUGGCUGUAGUGAAUUUGGAGGCACAACCUCCACCGCCAGAAAAUGCCAAACGAGAAUAUAAUGUGUUGUAUAUUAAGAGUAAUGCGGGUAUCCUCCGGGCAAUGCAGGGGGUUUUAUCGAUCGUUUCCAUCAUCAUGUUAGCGGAAGGCUACUGCGAAUUGACCACCGGUCGGUACGGUACUGUAAUGUUUCUUCUCAUCGUUGCAUUGCUCGAAUCCAUCUUCAUCAUCGUCAUCAUGGUUUUGAAACUCGACGAAACGUUCACGGCAGUAGACAUUCCUUUAUCCAUACUUCUCAACGACGGCAUAGUCACAAUUUUCUUCUUCAUCGUAACCAAUUUAGCACUUCUUUCUAUUGGCAGUUGUGGACAUACAAGGGCGGCCAGAUUAGUAGCAGCGCUCUUUAUACUUGGUUUAUUCGUAAUGAUGCUUGCUCAGGAUUAUUUAAAUUAUUUAAAAUGGCAAGAAAAAAGAAGUGCCAAGGAAGAUGGGAAAAAUUCUUCAGGAACAACAAUAACAGAAUCUUCACCCACAGUUUUAACGUGAUGUCAUCCUCAUUUAUAGAAGUAUUAUAUACUAAAACAUCCAUCUGUGUUUGCUUUUAGACCACAAAAAGGCAAACACUAUUUAUAUGGACUUGCAACAAGAAUUCUGGUGAAGUGCCUUGCUAAGGUGUAUUGGUGUGAUGCGAAAAAAAGUUUAUUAUAGCAUUUAAAUUUGAUGAUAUAUGACUCAGAAAAAUGACUGAUAAAGAAGUUUAUCAUUGUUUUUGUAUAUCUGUUGUGUAUAUUAAGAAUAGCUGUUUGAAUUAUUGCUAUAAUAAAAUAAUAUAUGAGCAGAAAAUUAGAUUUAGAUAUUUACUACUGUAAAAAUGUGAAUAUUUUUAUUAAUUGUAUUGUGUAAUUGAUUUGCUGCUAUUGCUUUGCAAAUGCUAAUGAAAAAUAUAUUGCUGAAAUUAUUUGUAACAUAUUACAAAUGUAGUACAAAUCAGGAUAAAAAUGUCAUAGAAUCAGGUUGUUAAAAAAUUUAAUUUUCCUUUUAUUUAAAUUAAUCAUUUAGUAUGCAUUUUUUUGGUGUGGAAUUGAACGAUGUUAAUGUAAUUUAUCUGAUUGAUUGAUUUGCGGUUCUUAUACAAUUUAAAUUUGAUUUAACACUGCACAGUAUAAGUUUUGCUAUUUUACAUAACCCAAUUUUCUGUAUAUUUAGGUUUAAUUAAGAUAAUAACAAUGGGGAGUGAUUCAAAUACAUAUAUUAAUACAUUUUGUUUUUGUGUCAACAAUGAAAUGAUUUUAUUCAUAAAAUAAUAAUAAAAAGUGUAUUCUAUUUUGUAGUAGCAACAUUCCACAGAUCUAAUUUCUUUAGUUACUGUGAAUAUUGUUAGUAUUUUUUAAUUAAAAUAAUUCUUGUUAGUAUUUAUAAAUAUAUAGCAUAGUUGUUAACCAAUAAUUAAACAUCUUAUUCCACAUAAUUAAAUUAUAUCUAAAUGUAAAUUACUAACAUUCAGUUAUAGAUUUGAUAACGAAGGUGAUUGAAUGAAUUCCUAUAAUGUUGUCAUAUAUUUUCAUUUUCUUUAUAGAAAUGCUCCUUUUAUUCCUAUGUUCUGGAUUUAACUUAUAGGAAAUUCAUUUUUAUUAUUUUAAUGUAUAAUUAUUUUUCCUACUUAAUGCAUGAAACUGCUGGAAAUCAGCUAUGUAAAUUAAAUUUUUAUGUUAACAAAUCUGUUUUAUUAAUAGUGAACAAGAAUAUUCUAAAACAAGUUCUGGAAGUACCAGUGCUCAAUAUGAAGGUAUAAGGCAUAUUUUCUGGAGAUAUACUAAAGGAGAAACUUUUUAUUUCAAUAAAUAUUUCAUUACAGCAUUCAUUUAUUAUAAAUUUGUCAAUAAACAUAUAAUAUAUAAAAACAAAGCUGCCAAAAUUGCAUUUCAUAUAGAAUAUAAUAAUUUGUUCUUAUAGGUUAAGUUAUUAAUUUUUCUAGAUUGCACAAAGAUACAAGCACCAAAAUAAUUGAUUAUAACACCUUUUAUAACUGUCGUUUUAAAACUUUUCCUGGAUUCAUGAGAUUUUGUGGAUCCAGAGCUUGCUUGAGAGAAUGCAUUGUUUGAAUACCAAUUUCUCCCAGUUCAUCUUGUAAGAAAGAUAUCUUACCCACACCAAUGCCAUGUUCUCCAGUACAAGUGCCAUUCAGCGAUAAGGCUCGUCUGGAAAAAAAAAGCACCUUGUUAUGUUGUCUUGUUUAAAAUGUAUGUAUGUUGUUGAAAUUUAUGAUUAAAAUAAAUAUAUUUAAACUA